AUGAAACAUGAUAAAAUUGGGUCCUUUUUUGGAAGAACGAGCAUCAGUAAAUCAAGUGCUGGAGAAUCCUCCAAAAGACCAUGCUCCAAUGAUUUAAGUUUUGAAGAAUCCUCUAAAAGACCAUGUCCUUCUAAUCAAUCAUUCCCUUCGGUUUCUAAUGUAAAUCCACAACCUACAACUACUCCAAUUACAAAUGUUAAAUUGAAAGAUCUUCCAAAAGACCCAGGUGUUAGACCAAAGAUUACAACUUACCAUCCAAUUCAAAUUGAUGAAAUAAGGAGGGCAUAUUUGCUUCAAGGACCUUGUCAACCAAGGGGUCAUACAUUCCCUUCAAAGAAAAUAGGUUCAAAAGAUAAACGUUUUGUUGAUAAGUGGUUUGAUGACUUUGAUUGGUUAGAAUAUAGCAUAAAAGAGAACAAAGCAUUUUGUUUAUUUUGCUAUGUAUAUGGAGACAUGGUGGGAAAACAACAUGGGAGAGAUGCAUUUGUUUCACAAGGUUUUGAUAGUUGGAAUAAAAGACAGUCAUUAAGAGAUCAUAUGGGUGGUAUUGAUAGUUUUCAUCACAAAGCAAAAGAAAAUUGUGAAUUUUUAUUAAAAGAAAAACAAUCUAUUAGUGCAGCCUUGAAGAAGCAAACCAAUAUUGAGGAGAGUAAUUAUAAACUUCGUUUAGGUGCUUCAAUUUGGUGUUGUAAAUUUUUAUUGAAAAAUGGUUUACCAUUUCGGGGUCAUGAAGAGUCGUGUAGCUCUCUUAAUAGAGGGCUUUUCUUGGAGUUAUUAUCUUUCUAG